UAUCGAGUUUCUUGAAAAGAAUUUCUCGCGAAGAUGGGUGAAGUUACUUUGGAGUAUUCCCAUGUUAAAACUAAGUCUGAUCCUAAAGAUCGAGGCUGUCUAGUUAUUGGUAAUGUAGUCAAUCUAUCAACGGUGUCUUACGAUGAUUUUGCUGAAAAAUUACAGACAGGCGUUGAUGCCAAGAUGUUCAAUCUUGUUUUGAAGUCUCUUGGAGAUUCAGACAGUUGUAAUGUGUUCCUCAAUCAAGUUGUUGUCUGUGCUCUACCUUCAAAUGCAAGCAGACAUAAUUCUACRUGCCAUCCUCAUGUUUUGAAACUCUUUGUUAAGUCAAACUUGCCAUCAGGAAAUGCAUGCAUUGUGGUGGUUUGUGAAAGGAAGGAAGCUUUUGCCUGUGCAUGCACCAUAGCWAGGUGUUUCCCCUUGUAUUCAACUAAAACAAACCCCAAAACACCAAGAAAAAUCACAGUUGAAUUCAUCUUGGUUGAUGGUCCACCUUUGACAGAGGAAGAUACCAAAUGCAUGACGACUGCAGCAGAAAGUGUCCGCUUGUCAGCAAGAAUUGUAGACACUCCCUGCAACGACAUGCAUACUGACAUAUUUCUUGAGGAGGUGAGAAAAGUUGGAAGUGAACUAGGMAUUCAGCCUACCAUCAUCCAGGGGGAAGAACUUAUGAAGAAAGGCUUUGGAGGAAUUUAUGGAGUUGGCAARGCUGCAGUUCAUCAGCCUGCAUUAGCCAUCCUUAGUCAUACUCCAGAGGGUGCAAAUAGGACCUUUGCAUGGGUAGGGAAGGGCAUUGUCUAUGACACAGGAGGUCUGUCAAUCAAAGGCAAGACAGCAAUGCCUGGAAUGAAGAGGGACUGUGGUGGAGCUGCUGGUAUCCUUGGAGGCUUCAGAGCAGCUGUCAAACAGGGUUUUAAGGAAAAUUUACAUGCAUUGUUUUGUCUUGCUGAGAAUGCUGUUGGUCCUAAUGCAACCAGGCCUGAUGACAUUCAUACAUUUUACUCUGGAAAAACUGUUGAAAUCAAUAAUACUGAUGCUGAAGGUCGACUUGUUCUGGGUGACGGAGUUUACUACGCCAGGAAAGACCUUAAGGCUGACGUUGUUCUUGACAUGGCGACACUAACAGGUGCACAAGGCGUAGCAACAGGAAGGUUUCAUGCUGGUUUAUUGACAAACAAAGAAUCAUGGGAAAUUGCUGCUGUCAAAGCUGGAAGAGCAUGUGGUGACUUGGUGCAUCCCCUGCCGUAUWGUCCAGAGUUACACUUCUGUGAGUUUUCAAGUGUUGUAGCAGACAUGAAGAACUCUGUCAAGAAUCGUGACAAUGCUCAAAGUUCCUGUGCUGGCUUGUUUAUAGGAGCACAUUUGGGCUUUGACUACCCUGGUGCAUGGAUCCAUAUUGAUAUGGCAAGUCCUGUUGAAGCAAAUGAAAGGGCUACAGGUUAUGGUGUGGCACUACUAUUGACGUUGUUUGGAAAAAGUAGCUCAAGCUCCUUGUUGCAAGAACUUGCUCCAGAACAACCAUCCAAAGAAGCUGCAUGACAAAUCAAAACUCCUUAGGCCAUGUAAACAUGUCUAGAAUUUUACUUAAUCAUUAUUAUUCUGCCUUUAUAUAACCUAACAUCAUUCAUGCCUAACUUGCUGGGAAAGAUCUCAGGGUGACUGUCUUUUUGUCAUUAUGAAUGAGUAUAACAAUUGUCUUAAAUUUAUAAAAUAUGAAAACAGAAUGUAUUUCUGAUUAAUAUUCUGAUUAUUAUUUAAUAAUAAAUCAUUUUCAAUCAAAUUACA